AUGACGCAAAGCCGGGCAGUCCUGCCAACCGUUCAGCCUCCGUUCAGCGGCGACAACGCUCGCCCGCUGCCGUCGCAACAGCCAUACCUAGGCGAGAACAUCGCGAAUCAAAUAACUGCAAUGCGGCUGGAGCCUCCUCCCGCAUACCACGGGAAGCAACUCGCGGAGGGUGAGAUGGUCAUCCCUACCGACUCACAGCCUCCGCCCCCUGAGGCUGAGACCCCUCCGGCGUACAUGACGCCUACCAUGGCACUGCUGCCUCCAGCUUACAUGCCGAACAUUAAUGCACGCCAGGCCACUGAGGUGCCAUGA